CGCUGGUCCAUCACGCCACGCCUGAUUAAUCGAGGCGGGUGGGAGCAGGCCGUCGUUGAGGUGGUGACUUCUAGUGGUCGGGGGCGGAGAGCGAUCGGAGUUCUUCUUCUUCUUCUUCGUUCUUGAUUGUGGUGUGAUCAUGGGGAGGGGGAAGUUUAAGGUGAAGCCGACGGGCCGCAGGAACUUCUCCACUCCCGAGGAGUUGGCAGAUGCAGGCACCUCAGCUUGUUCUCGCACCAUCAGACAGGAUCAAACUGAAUACAAUAAAAAAGAAGGAUCUGAGGAGGGAAGUGGAGAAGAUUCUGGAGAAGACGUUGGGAGAAGGAAGGGCACAAUUUCCUUGAUUGAGAUCCAAAAUCCAAACUUUGUUAAGCCAAGAACUACAAAAGCUAAAGACGCUAAUCUGGAAAAUGCAACUCAACUGACAAGACGUGAAAGGGAGGAGAUAGAGAAACAAAGAGCUCAUGAGCGAUACAUGAGGCUGCAGGAACAAGGGAAAACGGAACAAUCUCGGAAGGAUUUAGAGCGUCUGGCCUUGAUACGUCGUCAAAGAGCAGAAGCUGCAAAGAAACGGCAGGAGGAAAAAGCUGCCAAAGAAUUGAAGAGAGCUGAAACUGGAACUGAUCUGCCUCCUGCAUUUUUCGCUAGAGAUAAAAAGGGUGCUUUGCGUUCUCAGUCCUAACUUCUCUAAGAUGGCCCAAAUCAGCUUGUUCCGCACGAGCAUGGUCACAAUGUUGGAAUCAAUGUAAUCAGUUGCACGCCUCAACUAAUUUCUAAAUGUGGAUGUGAAAAGAAAUAUUUCCGAGCA